AUGUCUCUCGGAAAGAAGGUUACUCUCAACUCCGGUGCUCAGAUCCCCCAGCUGGGAUUUGGUACCUGGCAGUCUGCCCCCGGUCAGGUCGGUGAUGCCGUCUACGAGGCCUUGAAGGCCGGUUACCGCCACUUGGAUCUGGCUACUAUCUACCAGAACCAGCGCGAGGUCGCCGAGGGCAUCAAGAGAGCCUACAAGGAUGUCCCUGGCCUCAAGCGUGAGGACAUCUUCAUCACCUCCAAGCUGUGGAACUCCCAGCACGACCCCGCCGUUGUUGAGAAGGCUCUGGACGAGUGCCUUGCUGAGCUCGAGCUCGACUACCUCGAUCUCUACCUCGUCCACUGGCCCGUUUCCUUCACCACCGGCUCCGAGCUCUUCCCCCUCGUCAAGGACAGCUCCGUUGAGGGCGGUGAUGUCGUGAUCAACGACAACAUCUCCAUCGUCGACACCUGGAAGGCCAUGACCCAGCUCCCCAAGAGCAAGGCCCGCACCGUCGGUGUCUCCAACCACAUGAUCCCCCACCUCGAGGCCAUCAUCAACGCCACCGGUGUCGUCCCCGCUGUCAACCAGAUUGAGCGCCACCCCGUUCUCCAGAGCAACGAGCUCAUUGAAUACUGCCAGAAGAAGGGCAUCCACGUCACUGCCUACUCUGCCUUCGGUAACAACGGCUUCGGCGUCCCCCUCCUCGUCACCCGCCCCGAAGUCAAGGAAGUCGCCGAGUCUGCCUCCAAGCGCCUCGGCACCACCGUCACCCCCGCUCAGGUUGUCCUGGCCUGGUCCCAGGUCGGCGGCCACAGUGUCAUCCCUAAGUCGGUUACGCCGUCCCGCAUCCAGGAGAACUUCAAGGAGGUGGAGCUCACUCCCGAGGAGAUCGCCAAGGUCUCCGAGCUGGGCAAGGACCGCAGACGCUACAACACUCCUUACAUUGCUAACAAGCCUCGCUGGGAUAUUGACAUCUUCGGUGAGGAGGAGGAGAAGCCUGCUGGUCAUAAGGUGAUUGUUUAA